AUGAGCCCUGACAAAGCACCACCACCGAGCCCCGAGCGCGCGGCGGUGGAGCCGCAGGUCGAGCGCGCGGCGAAGAGCGCGACCAAAGGGUGGAGUUGGCGGCGCAAGGGCAGCCCGGCGAAUCGAAAGGAGAGCCUCGACUGGUCGUCCACCAUCAAGUUCCGGGCCGACGGCGCGGCGACAAAAGCCACCAACGCCGCCAAGAACCAGCAGCCACCAAACACGACGCCUCCGGAAGCGGAGCGGUCCACCGGCGGCUCGUUCUGGGCGAGGAACGGCGCGGCGAUCCGCCGCUACACGGCGGAGAAGCGCCAGAAGGCCGCGCUGCUGAAGAUCCGGCACGCGACGGGCUACGACGACCUCGAGAAGGCCAUGAAGCGCGAGCGGCGCGACUUCCACCGCGAUCUCUCGCGCACGCCGACGGGUGACGCGUCGGCGAAGCUCCAGCGCGACUUCCGCGAGAAGCUGCGGACCAUGCUCCUGGCGCACAUCGGCGCCAUGCGCGAGGAGGGCCUCGUCUUCGAGCACGUCUUCGAGGAGCGGCGCCUGGGCAUCCACAUCGCGCUCGCGCGCUACGGGGACGAGGGCCGCGAGUUCAUCCAGAUCGACGGCACGGAGCCCUUCUGCGACCUCUACCCCGGCCCGCUGAAGCCCACGGACGAGCUCAUCGCCUACGACGACACGAUCAUCGUCGAGCCGCGGACGACGUCCUUCGACAAGCUCCGCGACGCCAUCGCCCACUCGCCGCGGCCGCUCAAGCUCACGUUCAUCGAGGGCGAGCGGCGCGACGAGGCCUUCCGGGAGCAGGAGGAGCGGCGGUCCAUGGCGCGGAACGACGUGCGCAUCCGCUGCAACCGCGAGGCGCUCGCGGCCGCGCACGCGGCGCAGGUCGUCGCGCACGCCGACGCCCACGGCCGCGUCAACGCGUCCUGCGAUGCCGCGCUCCACAGCAUCGUCGAGCCCGUGGCGCUGCGCCACGCGGCCGAGCUCCCGGCGGCGCACCACGACGGCCUCCGCCACGAGAGCGUGCGCCGCGCGCGCCGCGCGCGCGACGCGGCGGUCCAGGCCGCGGUCCACGCCGACGAGGCCACGGACCACUGGCUCGCGUCGCGGCUCGUCCUGUCGCUCGACGACGACGACGACGACGACGCGCUCGCGGGCGCGGAGCCGCCCGACGACGACGACGACGUCGACGUCGAGUACGCGGGCGCGCUCCUGCCCGCCGUCGGCGCCGCCGACGACCCGGGCCUCGCGGCCGCGGCCGCGCCCUUCUUCGGCCCGCCGCCGCCGCCGCCCCGGCCGGCGCCGCCGCCGACGUCGCGGCCGCGGUCGCCGCUCCUCGCGCCGCGGAAGGCGCCGUCCGUGGCCAGGGCCGAGCGGGCCGUCGCGCGGCUCGAGCGGGCGCUCGACGACGCCGACGGCGCCCUGGCGACGCCGGCGCGGCGCCGGCCCGCGCCGAGCGUGCCCGUGACGCACUCGGCGACGUGGCAGCGCGUCCUCGAGGCCGCCGCGCCGACGACGCCCCGGACCUGGCAGGCGACGCUCGAGGGCGCGGACCCGGCGCUCGCGCCGCCGCAGUCGCCCUGGUUCGCGGCGCAGGCCGGGCCGGACGUGCCGCCGUCGCCCGAGCCCUGGUCCAAGGCCCUCGGCCUCGCGACGCCCGACGCGCGCGCGCCCGCGGCGCUCGCGCCGCACGAGCGGUCCCAGCUCUUCCCGCCGUCGCCCUUCGCAUCCCAGCGCGGCGUCACGCUCACCGCGCUCUCGCCCGUCGAGGACCUCGACGACGUCCGCGCGCGCGCGGCGCGGCCGGGCGACGGCGACGACUCGCCGCCGCCGCCGCCGCCGCCCGCGGUCCGGCCGCCGCCGCCGCCGCCGCCCGUCGCGGCGUCCGCCCCGGCGAGCGCCGCGGCGUCCGCCGCCCCGGCGAAGCCCGCGCGGCAGACCUGCGCCUGCGACGACUGCGCGCAGCUCCGGCUCAAGAUCGAGCGCGUCGCCGCGGACGCCGUCUCCGCGGCCGCGGUCGCGCGCAUCGCCGCGCGGCACGCCGUCGAGCGGCGGCUCCGCGGCGACCGCCAGCGCGCCGCGGCGGCCAAGGUCCUCGCCUACUUCCACGCGACGGGCGCCGGCUGCCAGCCGGACAUGCGCGCGUCGUUCUCCUGGUGCGAGCGGUCCGCGGAGCUCUCCGUCGAGGCCGACGUCGCGGCCGUCGAGAUGCACUUCGCGCAGCCCUUCUUCCCGCCCCAGGACCGGGCGUCGCGCCUCAAGCGCAUGUCGGCGCAGUUCGCGCACCUGCGCGCCGCGAAGCGUCGCGCGGGCGCCUUCGACGCCGUCGCCGCGAUCGGCGUCGAGGAGGACGACGACGACGCGCCCACCUGCGGCGACGGCUUCCGCGCCGCGGCGCCCUCGACGCCGACGAAGAUCCGCUACGACGACUCGGGGGACGACUCGGGCGACGACGGCGGGCGCGCGACGCCCCCGCCGGCGCGCGCGGCGCGCGCGCCCGCCGCGUCGAGGGAGCCCGUCACCUACGAGGAGGCGACGGCGUUCGCGCGCAUCCGCGUCGAGGAGGACGGCCGCUCGCCCCGGGCCGCCGCCGAGGAGGAGGACGGGCUGCCGGGCCAGUGCCUCCUCCCGUGGUCGUCGCCCUAAGGAAACUCUGUGUCGG